AUGACCCACUUUCCCUCUCCACUCCACAACAAUAAGCGUAACGUCCUACCAUUCCCGGAUGGUAUCAAAGUGUGGCAUGAUUGUCCCGAUGCUAAGAUCGACAUCUGUUUUGUCCAUGGUAUAACCGGCAACCGAGAUACCACGUGGACUGCUCCUGGACGAGCAAUAGCAUGGCCACCUGACUUCCUACCAGCAAAGCUCCCAGAAGCUCGGUUGCUUACAUUUGGCUACGAUGCAUAUAUUGUCCAGAAGACGGUUGCAUCAUCCAAUCGGCUCGUCGACCAUGCCGCGAACCUCCUUAACGACCUUACAAACGAAAGAUCGUCACCGGACGCAUCUCGGCGACGAAUUAUCUUCGUUGCUCAUAGUUUGGGUGGUCUUGUUUGUAAGGAGGCCAUCUUACAAUCUCGAAACAACCCUGAAGUACAUCUCCGCAGGGUCUUUGAUUCUGUUAUCGGGAUCGCAUUCAUGGGAACGCCCCAUAAAGGAUCAUGGAUGGCUGAUUGGAGCAAAAUUCCCGCUUCUGCUCUCGGGCUCGUGAAGUCUGUGAACAAGUCACUUCUAGAGAUUCUGGAAACGGACGAUCAGUUGCUCGAGUCUAUCCAGUCUAGGUUCUGGUCGAUGGUUCGAGAGCUUCGUGAGAAUAAACUUUCCUUGCCGGUUACACUUGAAGGUUAUGCAGCAAUUAGUAUUCAUGCGAACCAUUCGAAUAUGGUAAAAUUUGGGUCCGAAGAAGAGACUGGCUUCAAGAGACUUCUUGGAGACUUGACUAGGUGGGACAAGCAUGCCAGACCAGUUCUAAAUGAUCAACAAAAUGUGAGCUGA